GGGAAAAGAAAGACUUAGUGGCGCGCCUCCACUUUCCAAAACCAUUUGACCGCUAACUCCUCACUCCCCUCAUUCUUUCUCCAAGCCUGUGCGUAAUGGUAGAGCGAAAGAUGAACUCUCUGGUGAAAUGGGCGCUCAUCCUCUUUGUCCUCGUUUCCAUCAUUCUCAACAUAGUCCUGAUCAGCAUCCACUCCAGCAGGACGCCCAGAUGUGCUGCUCAGAGGGUUCACCCGCUAAGGGGCAAACACGACGAGCGUAGUCUUGUGUUCGCUGACCUCACCCAGGAGGAGUACUUGCAGGUCCAGCAGUACAUGUUAAAACAGAAGGACUUAGACAUAUCCACCAAGCAGACCACCAAGCCAUCGCAUAAUUUCUUGUUCGUUAUAGACCUCUCUCUGCCAAAGAAAGCCGAAGCGCUGGCCUACUUGGAAGGGACAGGCCCCGAGCCGAGAAGAGAGGCGACGGCGGUGGUCUUCCACGGCGCCCAAAAGCUCAUCAAGGAGUACGUAGUGGGGCCUCUUCCCAAUCCGACAGAACACAGAGAUGUCACCAUGGAGAGGUACAAGAUGGAUCUGCCUAUCACUGCGCGCACUGUCACCGUCGGAGAAUACAUUUUGCUUUUCAAGUUUUCUGAGACUGAAGUCUUCUCCAAGCUGCGGACGCUUUUGAAAGAGAGUUUUGGUGUGGGCAAGGAUAAGAAGCUGGACGCCUUUGAGCAGAUGCCCCGUGGAGUCCGAUCCGGGGACAGAAAGACCUGGGUAUCUUUCUUCAGGGAAAUGAGCGGCAUGUACAUCCACCCGGUGGGCUUAGAGGUGCUGAUCAACCAUGAGAGCCUAAACGCGUCUAUGUGGAAAGUGGAGCGGCUGUUCUAUAACGGCCAAUACUUCGACACGGUGGAAGAACUCAGAGAGAAAUAUAAUGCUGGCUCUGUGAAGAAAAUCGUUUACAAGGAGCCGUCUGACUAUGGUUCUCUGAAACCCAGGAACAAGACUCUGCAGGUCAGCCCGCAGCUGUUUUACGCAGAAGGGAAGCGCUACAGCGUCAGCAAGAACCACGUCUUGUACCUGGACUGGAGCUUUGCCUUUGGGCUGAGCUCUCUCACGGGCAUGAGGGUGUUUGAUGUGCGGUUCAAGAAUGAGAGGAUAGCCUAUGAGCUGAGCGUGCAGGAGGCCAUGUCGACGUACGGUUCGGUGACACCGACGGCAAUGCUCACCAAGUUUCUGGAUUCCAGCUCCGGGAUAGGGCGCUUCGCACACGAACUGGUCCGUGGUGUGGAUUGCCCUUAUGAGGCCACUUACGUGGACACAUACCGCUACAUCGAUACCCCAGUCCCGGUCAGAUUUAGGAAUUCAAUCUGCAUCUUUGAGCACAACAUGGGUCAGCCCCUGCGGAGGCACUUCGCUGACUUUUUCCACAACAGUUAUGGUGGGAUGGUGAACAGCGCCUUAGUGUUCAGGACCAUUACAGCUAUAGGAAACUAUGACUACGUGUGGGAUUUCAUCUUCUACCAGACCGGAUCAGUGGAGGCUAAGGUGCACGCCACCGGCUACAUCACCUCCUCCUACCUGGUGGACGGUAGUCUGAAAUUUGGACACCAGGUGGCGGACAAGGUCCUGGGCAAUAUCCACACCCACUUCAUCAACUUCAAAGUGGACCUGGAUGUGUCGGGUUUGAAAAAUGUGUUCCAGACCAAAGACAUGCAGUAUGUUAAUGUGUCACUGCCUUGGAUGCCUGAUCGCCACGCGAUGAUUCCUCAGCUGGUGGAGCGUCAGCUUAAAACAGAACAGGAGGCAGCACUGCGUUACGACUCCAAGACUCCACUACCUCGCUACCUCCACAUCGCCAGCAACCUGACCAACCGUUGGGGCCACCAGCGCUCCUACAGACUGCAGGUGUUCAGCUUUUCAGGUGACCACCUCCCAGAGAGCCAGGCUGAGGAGAGGGCCAUGUCCUGGGCCAGGUAUAAGGUUGCCAUCACCAAGCACAAGGACUCCGAGCAGACCAGCAGCAGUCUAUAUAGUCAAAACAACAUCUGGACUCCAGCUGUUGACUUCAGCCAGUACAUUGAAGACAACGAAAGCAUUGUAGACCAGGACCUGGUUGCCUGGGUGACCACUGGUUUCCUCCACAUCCCUCAUGCUGAAGACAUCCCCAACACAGUAACUGUUGGCAACGGGGGCGGGGUCUUGCUGCGGCCCCACAACUAUUUUGAUGAGGACCCAUCCAUCUACUCUGCUGACGCUGUGUACUUCAGCCCGGGCAGCGAGGACAGCUGUGACACCAACAGGAUGGCCUGCCUUGCUAAAGAGACCUGCAGUCCUGUGCUGGAACCCUACACCUACCAUGGCUUUGAUGGCGUCAUGAAGUUUGAUGAAUGGUCCUGAUUUAUUGAGCACUGCUAGGUAAUAGCUUCAGUGCCCUGAUGAACUCAGAGAUGUGCUUGGGCUGUUUUCAUCUAUCAAGAAACUUCUGUCAAUGUUAACAUGUAUAUAGAAAUAGUUUGGUAUGGCAAAUUGUCUGUGCUAUAUGAAUUUUAAGCAUGAACUUGAGAAAUUUUUAUGUUAGAACAAGGGUUUUCAACCAGUGGUCCACAGCCUUCUGGUGGUCCACAAAGGCACUGCAGGUGGUCCCUGAUCAUGCCUUCAGGAAUUCACUGUAGGGUUUUUAAAAUGAGUUUUUUAGACUCAUUUUUAUGAAUUACUUAUUGUUUGUGAAGAAUCAAAUUCAUGCAAUUAUACAAAAUAUAAAAAAGCAAAGGUGUCUGAGAAAUAAAAUAUUGCUCAUCUGGUGUAGCCACCCGACAACAAUGGUCUUUGAGUUACCUCUUAGUCAGAAUGGAGGUCCCUGGACCACAAUAAGUUGAAAACCCCUGCAUUAGAAGAGAAUGCUAAUUUUCUUUCUUUCUGAGAUUGACAUGAGGAGAGUGAUACCAUUCUCUGUGUUAAAUACAGAGCUGGAGUCAGGAUAUGACUUGACUGGAAGCUUUAAAAAUAUGUCUGCUAGGAGUGGAGGAAAACAUUGAUUCACAUGAGAACAGCGGUUCUUAGUCUCUGUGAUUCACAAAUAUGAAAAGUUUGUUUUUGUAUGUGGCCCCAUAUCUGCACACUCCUAUUUUCAUAUUUCACAGUCAGCACUAUUCUCCAACACAGUGGUCAAACGUGCUGGACCCAUCUGGUCAAAACUCAUUUAUUUUAGCUUCAUCUUAUUAAUUAAAGAAUGUGCUGCUGGUAUUUAUCAUGUUCUUUGCCAAAGAUGAAUCUUGCAGCUUUGUGAGCAUUGGUUUUCUUUUUGGAUGCUGCCAAUAGAGGCUGACUUCAUGCAACAUACUUCACACUGUCUGAUCAGUCACAAAUCAUCCUUGUGCCAAAUCAGAAGCUCUAACUUGUCUGUUUUUCAAAGACAAGGUUGUGUAAAUAGUGACUGGUAUGUGGCACCAUUUUUUGAGGUUGCUCACGGAACCUUCUGUUAUUGAUAGUAUGACGCUUACUACACCUCCUGACCACAGCUGAAGGUGCUUCAGCUUCUGUUCAGUAGCUACUGAUGUUCCAGUGCCCUCUGCCAUCUUUAGGAAGUCUCACAGUCUGGUUUCUUACUCGUUCAGGCCGUUACUCACCACGUGGAAAUAUUUUGCAAUAACUUUAGUUGAGAAAAAUAUGGUGUUCACAGAUUCUUUUAAAAUUGUGUAAAUGCAGUUAGACUAAUCAGGUUUUGACUCAGGUCUGUACUUUUGGCACAAGAUUCAUGUCAGUCUUCUCCUCUCACUCUCGAAAAGAAAAUGCGCAAAAUGGUAAACUGUUCUUUUAAACUAGGCCAAGUUAUUCAUCUGUAUGACCAUGAAAAUCUAUAGUGUGCGUGUGUGUGUGUGUGUGUGUGUGUGUGUGUGUGUGUGUGUGUGUGUGGUGGGGGAUUCCUUCACUAAGUGUUCUCUACAGAUUCAUACAGAUCUACAGAUCCAAAUUAACUACACAGAUGUCUCCCUGAAAUAGAAGGAAUUGUGGCUGCCCAUUGGCUACCUCUCAACACACAAGCUUACAAAUAUAUAGUUUCAUUUUUAAAAGGCUCAGUAAUUUUCUAAAGUGGCUGGUCAUUGUAAUUUUUAACAAACAUUACUGAAAGAGAAGGAAUUAGUGCAUUUGCCAGCGAUAUUUCAGCAAAGAAUGACUGUGUUUGGGUUUGAGUCAAAUUAGUGUGUGUUUGUUCAUGGUAAGGAAGGAACAUGUCACUCAUUGCAAGAGUGUGGCUUACUGAUGUGUUUGAAAUAGUUU